UUGAGCUAUUCGAAUGAUGUUUGUGGAAAGGUGAACCUGUUCACUGCUAUCGACCACAAUGCUUUGAACAGUUUGAUAUCCCAUCGCCACGUCUCUGGUAUCAAGAUGGUUGUAAAAGUUUUAUCGCUCGCUGUUACUGUGUUAAUCUCGUAUACGGUAAAUGGAUUGGAAAUUCCUGAGGGAUACAUUUUAGAUGUGAAACAGCAAUGUGGAACAUCUACACGGUCUCAACCAGUAAUCAACAUCUUAUCAGAUUUAGAUAUACGAGCCGUAGCUAAGUGUGCAAUGGGCGAUCAGAAUUUUACACGAAUUGAUGCUGCUAACUAUAAACUUAUUGGUAGUUAUAGUGUUUUAAGGAAAGGGUGUACAUUUACAAACGUUCGUGGUGUAUAUAAACUUGACAUAACUAUUAUGUAUGGAUCAACUGAUGCUGGUUUAGUUUCUAAUGAAGAAGUCUAUACUGUAUCAUGUACAUUUAAUUCUAAGAGCAGUAUUAAGGCACCACAAAAUAAACUUACUGAGGGACUUAUAAGACCUCAAGAGAUGUUGAUAAACGUUGGUACACGCGAAAAGAAAAGCUCUAUAAGUCUUUAUCUACAGGAUGUCAAGAAUAGAAAUGUAAUUGGAGCUGUACCAAUAGACAAAACUUUGAGUUUGUUUGCCCGAACAGAAGGAAAAAUUCUUCUUAACCAGUUAAGACCAGUUUCGUGUUUUGCGAUCGGUGGCAAGACGAAGAAGAGAUACGCCAUUUUAAGAGCAGGUUGUGGUGACGGUCAGAUUAUCCCGAGUAACAAAGGCUUCAUGACUCUUGGUAGAACAACAAGAAGUCCUUAUUUUCAGACAUUUUUUGUGGAAGGAGAUCAACUGUUAUCAUUCGAGUGUACCUUUGUACUUUGUCAAGAGUGCGAUGGUAGUUCUUGCACAACAGGAAAUAAUAUUCGAGGAUAAUCUCCAUGAAGCAAUUUUCUGAAUAAAAAUAUCCACUAUAAA